CAUCUUAAUACACGGAAGCACGUGCCGCGUAACCGCACUUCCUCUGCCGAAAAAGAUGCGCUUCCGGUUGCUCGUUUAUCUCAUUAUUAUUAUUAUCUUAUCGUUCGCGUGUGUGACGUGUCGUCUGUCGCGUAAUAUGCGUGCGCGCGUAAUAUGUCUCGCCACAUAGUUUCGCGGGACCGACGUGCGAUCGUCGCUGGAGAAUCCUCGGCGAUAGCCCUUCGCUCGAGAGGAGAAGGACGAGGAGUAGGAGGAGCGUCCAUUAACCGACCGGUCAGGGGUCGCGGUUGAUAAGCGCUGAUAAUAAGUGGCCGCCCGGCGGUUAACUGGUCAGUUCCUACUGCGAUUCGCGCGAGCGAGCAGUGGCGAGAGCAGCGAUCGUCGUCGUGGACGAAACUCUUUCUCCGAACGGCGCAUCUCACAGAGCAAAGGGGAAAGCCCAGGUGCAGGUAUGACGACGUGAAUCCGACGUGACGCAAUGAGACGCCGAACAUGAACACGGACGAACGGCGCGCUAAGAAGUAUGGAUACGCAUUCGAUAACGUGGAUCCGCCGUCGAGGUUCGGGCCGACGAAGACCACAGAGAUGCGCCACCACGUUGGUGAGACUGAGCUAGGCGAGGUGCAGGUGAUCGCGACACUGCCCACCAAUAACGUCGCGACGCCCACGAUGCCGUCGACGACGACGACGUCGCCACGCGCCGAUGAACCGCCCUGUAGGAACGGUGAUUGCAAGACGCGCAGGAGCCGCGUCGACCCGCGACCCGAGAGUCCUUGGCACACGCUGAAAACCAUCUUCCUGAUAUCCGUGAUCGUGGCGUUCCUGCUCUGGGUCAUAGUGUAUACCUUGCUGGACCAGUAUCAGAUUCUAUGACCGCCACCUGAUGUGACUUCGUGCGACGGUCGCUAUGCGGAUCCUCUGCUCUUGCAUCUUGGGCAGCGAACAUGUGACUUUUCCCCAGGAUGGAAACGUGAGAAGUGAAAUUGUUUUCAAAUUCGAAAAUUUACACUUUUCAUGAAUUCACGCUACAAAAGGACUCAUGAUCAAUCCUCACGUACAAGGUCAUGAAUCUUCUCUAACGUAAAUUCGUGAAAAAAUGUAAAUUUUCUAAUUUAAAAACAUUUUUCAUGUUUCCGUCCUAAGGGAAAGAUUGAGUUAUCGGUAUUCUAGACAGCGAACACGUAAUUUUCCCCUAGGAUGGAAACGUGGAAAGUGAAUAAUUUCAAAUGCUUUCAAAUUAAAAAAUUUCCAUCUUUCUCAAAUUCCUGCUAGAAGAAGAGAUUCACGAACCCCAUCGGUCCUCAGGGAGCUGUGAAUCUUGUCCUCUAGCAUGAACUCGUGGAAAUUUUCCAACUUGAAAAUGUUCACUUUUCACGCUCCCGUCCUAAGUGAAAUUACGUGAUUGGUGUCCUGGGUCCUCCGGGUUCUCCGUCGACAUGACCGUGGCUACGAAAAUCCAGCGACGAACGUGUUUUCCGUCACGAUGAUCAGCGAUCUUGCCGCGCAAGAGAACAAUCAUUUCAUGUGAUGAUCAACAAUAUUUUUCAUUUUCUGUGCGAGGAAGAAAUGGUGAUGUGCGAUGAAUGAUCACUCGGUGACGUCGUGCUGGAGAGUGUAUCGCGAGGUAACAUCUUCAAGGACGCAUCCUGGAAUUCCACGACGCCCCGGAGAUCAUGGCUCGAGGUCGUGCGAUUUCACGUGACGUUAAGGUGCUUUUUUAUGCUGAUACUCGACGGUCAUUUUUAACGUCAAAGCAGGUCACAUGAUCGAAAUUGCCGAUAGAUGACGAGAAACGCAUAAAAAGAGUACAGCAGCGUCAAAUUUUGAACAUUACGGCAUCAGUCCGGCGUAGCUUUUUUCUGAGAAAUAUGUCAUUCUGGAAUAAAUAUUAUAACGUGGUUAAAAGACUGUACAAAAGAAAAAUAAUAGAACAUAAUAAGCCAUGUAAAACAACGUAGAAUAUUCACAUUGGCAGUUCACAUUACAUGAUGUAUCGACGAGGUAACAUGAAAGAUUUUCAGCCUUGCAUAACAUUUCGUAUGAUGAUAGAAGCUCCGAAGGAUUUGCGGAUAAUUGAAGAAGGAUUAUUCAACCAUUUUUAGUUGUCCGAUAUAAAUAUUUGGGAGGGGAGAUCAAGACAUAAUAAAAAUAUUAAUUUUAUUAUUUACGAUUACUCCCCCCUUCCCCUUUCCUGAAUGUUUUUAUCAACAUAUACACAGAAGCAUAUUCAAUAUUUUUGCGCAUUUCUGCAAUUAUCAUUUUCGCUGAUUUAACACAAAUUUAAUGACAAAUUUAUCGACCAGAGGUUAUUAAACCACGAUAUUUUCUUAUACGCCAAACUCCGUAAGGUCGAUGAUCUUUAUCAUUACCUCAUCAGUGCGUUAGAAAUUAGAUAUUAUCUAACUCUUUUUCUUUGACGCUAACGUCAGUGUGAUGUCACGUGAUUACGCUCGAUGCUGAUUUCAGCGUCCCAUGAAUUUGCGCCUUUACGUUCGUUUAGUCGACGAAGCAGUCUGCAACCCCCCCGAGUUUGGGGAGGACGCCGUCGGAAGGAGACUUGAGGGGGAAUCCCCGUCAGCCGAAAACGCUUCCGUAAAUCGGAUUGCAAUAUGGUAUAUUUCGUACUGUUUUUAAAUAUUUGCGGCGUCUGUAAAUAUUCGAUAAAAUAGGCUGUUAUACGCAAUACAUGUAGAUCAAACAACCCUUUACUGUUACACAAGUUUUUCCAAACGAAGUUUCGUAGUCGCUGUUAGAAAAUUAAAAAAUGCUGCAAAUUUU